AGGUAGGUAGAUACUUUUCUUGAACCAUUGUCCUCUUUCUUUUCUAAUGAGAAAUCAAUAAAUCUACAAUCUGAAAGUUCAAAAGAGAGUGGAAAUUAGCCAUAUAAAUUUAAAUGUGUUUAUUUUAGAAAAACAUUCUCGUUGAUUUUAUAAAAACACUUAUAUACGAGUUUUGUCUGCUAUGCCUGUGCAGCGAACGGCCUGCGCCAUUUUAGCUUACAUUUGAAGACAUUGUGGCGCCACGCUGUGUUGCGUCGGCUGCCUGGGUUGUCUUCGGUUACAUUGAAGAUUUGUUCGCAUCUAGAUAUUUUAACAAUGGGUGCCGCCUGCCGCCGGCUCUGAUCACUGGUCCGUCGCACCAUGUAUAAUGGCAUAGGACUGCAGACAGUUCGCGGAUCAGGCACCAACGGGUACGUACAGAACAAUCUCUCGUUCGUUAAGCAAACCCGCGAUAAGGUUAAGUACAGGGACGAGGACGAUUUGAAGCGCCUGGAGGCACAGGUCAACCGUGAGCCCAACGAAGAGAUCCUAGAUCACCAGCGCAAGCGUAAGAUCGAGCUCAAGUGUGUCGAGUAUCAGGAGCUGCUUCAGGAGCAGGGCUUGUCCCCUGACACUCUUCAGAGGCGUGUCGAUCGUUAUCGCGAGAAGCUCGCUGACCAGCUGCCGCGCUCACGUGCCUCGGGCGUUGAGCGUGACGCGCAGGGCCGGCCGCUGACGAAGGAGUCCCAUCAGAUGGCCGAGGCGCAGCAGGAGAAGAACAGCAGACUCAAGGACGCUUUCGGAAUCUCAGAGCACUUUGUUGACGGCAGCAGUUUCGAUCCGAACCGACGGGCGAAAGAGGAAGAGGCCAGGAAAGAGAAAGAGUCAAAGAAGGAAAAGGAGAGGAACACUCUGGUGAGGUCACCCAGUGCGAGUCCCAGUCCGAAGAAGAAGCACAAGAAGGACAAGUCUAAUAAGGCGGAGAAGAAGGCAAAGAAGGCUAAGAAGCAAAAAGACGAUAAAGAGAAAAGUAAGCACAAGAAGAAGAACAAGGACAAGAAGAAAAAGUCCAAGAAACGCCGAGACCGGUCCCCCGAGUCUUCCGAGUCGGAGGCGAGCCGCUCUCCGUCGCCAUCGGCCGGCGAGUCCGGAGAGGAAGGCGUCCCGGCGCGCAGAGCCGCUUCCCCGCCAGAGAGGCGUCGCCAGAGUCGCUCGCCCGGUCCACGCUCUCGCCGCUCUCCCACCCCGGAGAUGAGGAACGGCACGAGAAACGCUAGCGCCGAUAGCGCCUCUCCGUCGCCCAAGAAGUCGCGCGGCCGGAGUCCAGAGGAGCAGGUGACCCGUCGACGGGCCAGCUCUGAGUCGGACGCGUCGCCACGCCAGAGUCCGGCUCGUGCCGGACGCCGUCGACCCGCGUCCCCGUCUCCGGCGCGCGGAGGUAGUCGUCGGCGCACUCCGAGUCCCGCUAAAAGGCGAGGCAGCUCGUCACCUGAGGCUCGCAAGCCUCGAUCGCCGUCACCGGCAAAGCGUCGCAGGCGAAGCCGAAGCUCAAGCGCAUCAUCAGACGACUCACGCGACCGCCGCCGUCGCAGGCGUUCCGAUAGUCGCGACCGCCGCCGUCGCAGGCGCUCCGACAGCCGCGAUCGCCGCCGCCGUUCGCGCUCCCGGUCCCGCAGCCGUGACCGCCGCCGCCGCUCCCGCACCCGCAGUCCCGUCCGCCGCCGCCGCUCUCGCACACGCAGCCCGGUUCGUCGUCGCUCUCGCUCGCGCAGUCCGGCGCGCCGGCGGUCCAGAACGCGCAGUCCAGUCCGCCGGCGCUCGCGCACGCGCAGUCCGCUGCCGCCGCGCCGUCGGCGCCGCUCGAGCUCGUCGGACCGCGGUGGUCGACGCGCUGCUCCGCCAGCGGCGCGGCGCUCUCGCAGUCGCUCGCGCUCUCGCGGCUCGGGAGCUCCACCGGUGCCCAAGAACAUGGGUACUGGGAAGUCGGGGGUUAGCCGAAGCUUCCUUGAGAAGCUCGCGGGCUAUUCGUUUGACAAGCCGGGCGAUGCCCCGGCGGCGGCUGCGGCCCCGCCGGCCGCACGCCGGUCCCCCAGUCGCAGCACGAGUCGCUCCUCGAGCCGCUCGCCGCCGCCCAAGAAGGGUCGUGCGCGUUCUCCGAGCUCGGGCUCGUCGCGUUCGCCGAGCCCCAAGGGCCGCCGCCGUACCUCGCGCUCCGAGAGUCCCGAGACGCUGCGCCGGGCUAUCCUUGCUCGCAUGGCCGAGAAGAAGAAGAAGAGCGGGGGGCGCCGCUCGCCAUCCGGCUCUGACUGAGCCGUGUGCGCGCGGAGCCGCGUGCCAAGUUAGCAGCCACCAUCGAGACGGCGGCGCGUCGCAGCGCGCCGGCCGGCGGGACGCGCGGACUCGGUGGCUGAGCAGCGGUAGCGGAGUGCCGCCUCCACCAGCAGCGCCGUUUCGCGAGUGAGCUCGAGUUUCUUAUGUGAAGGGGCGUGCGUGUCAAUGUGAAUGGGCAGUUGUGACUCAUUGUCACUUGGUGAGCGUGUGUGCCGAUCGAAGCCGGGUCGCGGCAGUUCGCCGCUGGCCUCGGCGUGUUAUGCGCGGUGGGUGACCUCUGUGGCGUCUGUAGCUGCGGCGCGCCGCCGCCUCGUGCAGCGGACGGGGCCGGCGCACCACUUUGUCGUCACGAGUUUCCAUGCGUUUGUGUAGCGCCGUAAGCGGUGAUGUCUUAUUUUUAAAUGCCGUCACCGCAGGCUCUCAUCCCCUACUGUACCAUCCGGAGCAGUAUCUUGUGACCAGGUGUCAGUUGGUACAAUACAUCAUUUAAUGUGG